UAUAUGGUACUCCUUGAAGAAAGGACCUGAGUUUGUCGUAAAGAGAAAAACUUUGGCAACUGAUGUGACAAUAGAACACCUUAGGAGGUAAUUUUCAUCAUGUCCUCUUUGAGUUGGUUCCCAACUUUGAGCAGUGUGUGCCUGUUUAUUUAUUUAUUUCGGCGACUGAUGUGACAACAGAACACCUUAGGAGGUAAUUUUCAUCAUUUUCUUUGGUUCCCAACUUUGAGCAGUGUAUGCCUGAUUGUUUGUUUUGUUUGUUUAUAAGUUAAAACUGAAAGUUUGAUGCAACACAAAUUUCCAUCUGCACACAAAAUUAAACACUCCAAGUUGCCUAUUUGGUUGCCUGCCUGGUAUUAUCAGUUUAUCAUGUUAACUUUGGCAUUUUAACUUAUAUAUGUAUAUCAACGAAUCUAUACAAUAUCUUUGUGAAUGACCUGUAUCCAGAUGGUCUAUAUGCUUGCUAAAUUAUCUAUGGAAAUUUUGAUAUUUUCAUUUCAAAUUCCUGUCCUUUAGUGGUGACCGGAAGGACCUUGAAUUAAAAGACUAUAAUCAUUGAGCUCAAGGACAGCCUAUAGCCAAAGGCUAUGUGCAGCCUUUGAUGGAGGAUGAGUUGGAUAUUAUUUCGUUCUUUUGCCGUGUGUGUGGCAUCCUCUUGAGGACAACCGAUGAAAUUAUAGAACAUAGGAAGUCCUCAGGACAUCAUGGUGUUUCUGGUUCCAUGGACAACAAGCAGAAACUUUACUGCCAAGAAUGCCAAAAAGUGUUCUCCUUGCGCACAAAAGUGUACGGACACAAGCAUGAGACUGGUGGAUCACAUUCUAAAUUUCAGCUUAGAAAUCAUCAGCAAGAUGAAACAACACCUCCUGUUCUGAUGCCAAAGAUUAGGAGUUGGGUGCAGAGUGAGGCUGAUGAGGAACCCCCGUUUGACUACUCUGAAGAUGAAGAUGAUGAUGAAGAUGAUCCAAAUGAUCCGGAUUAUGAUCCGAGAGAAGAUUCAAAUUAUGAUCCGAGAGAAGAUCCAGAUUGUGAUCCGGCACAAGAUUUUGCUGAUAUUCCAGAUCCGGUAGAAGUGUCAAGUGAUGACGGGGCCAAAUUCAAGCCUACUACUCUUUCAGCCCUUCUGGAUCUUCCUCAUCCAAGUGACGAUGAGUCACUCAACCAAGAUGAUGAUAGUUCCUUUGCUGGCUUGGUAACACGAAGAACGUUGAAGCACCUGGGGUACAAGGCUCACGAGAGUAUUACCAUGAGGAAGGCACAUGGUGGUCAAACUGGGACUCUUAUUCCAAGCGAGACUGAUCUAGUGACACACAUAGACAUCGGGAAGAACGUCAGAUAUGUGCUCGUCUUGGAAAAGGAGAUUGCAUUCUACGAAUUAACUGGCACAAAGUUCCCAGAGCUAGAAAAUUGCAUUCUGUUGUCUGGGAAAGGUCAUUCUGACAUAGUCACAAGAAUACUGCUCCGGAAGAUAAGGAUUUCGUCGCCUACAUUGCCUAUGUAUUGUGUUGGAAUAUCGAGGUGGCCCUAA